UUGAAUAAUUCGUUGCCUCAUUGUGUGGGGGAGGAAGAGGAGCCCCUCAUUUUCGUGUGCCUCUUUCCACCGCCUUUCGCAAAGCAAACGGAACGGCGAAAAGAAAGAACCGUAAUCGUGGGCAAUAGAAGAGAGCGAAGAGGCGAAGCGGAAAAACAAAAGAGGAGAGUGUCAUGUCCUCAUUGUUUGCCUUGGAAUCUGUGAUUAAACCUCUAGCUCCUCCAGAACCAAAUCCCGAAAAUCGCUAUUAAACGCCCCCUCCCAAAAUCUAAAUUCAAAUCCUCCGAAUCCGAAGCCCGCAAGGAAUCUUCAUAGAACCAGCACGUAGUUCGAAGUUUGAAGCAGACCAAUCUUCAGCGGGAGACGCUCUCCUGAACGCUUGGAAGUGGAAGCGAAACUUAGUGCCGCUGCCGAAUAAUGAGUCGACAUGAAGGUGUCAGCUGCGAUUCAUGUCUCAAGAGCAACUUCAACGGACGGCGCUACAAGUGCUUGAUCUGCUAUGACUACGACCUCUGCGCCGACUGCUACGAGGAUGGCGUCACCUCCACGCGCCACUUGGUUGAGCAUCCCAUGCAGUGCAUCCUUACCCGUUCCGACAUCGAGCUGUACUUCGGCGGAGAGAUGCUAACCUCAGACCAGCCGCAGAGCUUCACCUGUCCCUACUGCAAAAAGAUGGGCUUCAGCGACGCUACCCUGCUGGAGCACGUCUCCGCCGAGCACACGGAGACCAGUCUGGAGGUGGUCUGCCCGGUCUGUGCCGGCCUGCCGGGCGGCGAGCCGAAUCUAGUCACAGAUGACUUUGCAGGUCACCUCACCUUGGAGCACCGUCAGGGACCGCGCGAGCUGAUUUCCUUUCUGGACGAGCCCUCGGCCAUCCGUCAUGGCGGUGGAGUGCGUCGCAUCCCAGGACGCACCCUCGGCGGACCACGGACGCGCCGCUCCAACAUGCACUUCAGCUCGUCGAGCGGUCUUUCGUCCUUGUCGCCCUCGGGACGGGAAUCGGUGGAUCCCAUCGCGGAACUGUUGUCGCAGCUUUCGGGCGUGCGGCGGGGUGGACCGCCCACAUCCCAGCUGCAGCAGCUACAGAUGCAGAUGCAGUUGGAUCGCCAGCAGGUGACGGCAUCGCGCCAAAUCGAUCGGCUGCCAAGGCGUGCGCAUCCCAUAGUCUCAACAUCGAACUCGAAUGCCGCCAUGGCCGAGGUGAUCGGCGGUGGAGCAGGCGGCAGUGGAGGCAGUGGCGCAGUUGGAAGCGGCAGUGGCGGCGGCAGCGGGGGCACCGCUCCGCCCAACCUGCGCACUACCGAGUGGCCGGUGACAGCCAGCUUCUCGACAUCGGCCAGCAAUCAUUCGCAGACUCAGUCGAGUCUGGCCGCCAACAGCCUCAAUGCCAGAGAAGCGAUCGGAACGAGCAGCAGCGGAGCCAACAAUGCCCUGGGAAUCAGUGUGGGUGUCGGAGGAACGGCCAAUGGCAACGGGGGCGCAGGUGCAUCCGGAGCUGGAUCAGGAGGCAGUGGCCAGGCGGGUGGCCAGGGUGGUGCGGCCGCUGGCGAGUCCCUCUUGCUGGCCCAAUUCAUGCAGCCCACCCUCUCCGAGGCCGAGUGGGCGAUCGUGGAGAGCAUGCGAGCAGAUCGAUCCAUGUUCGUGCAGUCGCUGAUGCUAUCGAUGCUCUGCACUGAGGCGCUCGACCUGAAUGGCUCCGACGAGAGCCGGGCCAAGAGUGAUAAUGUAAAUAAGGGGCAACAGCAGCAGCAGCAGGAGGAAGCCGAGGCCGAUGCGCAGGCGGAGACACUGCUAAACAACAAUGCCGACGUGGAGCAGCAGCAGCCACAGCCGGCGAUGGUGCGACAGGUGAAUCAAAUGCAACAAACCUCGCCGGAGGACUUUGUGUGCGACGAGUAUCGCUAUAAAAACAAAAAGGCAAACACAACACAAACUACCGGCACAGCAGGCGGAGGGGGAGGAGGAGUGGGUGGAGUGAGCGGAGGAUUGGGGGGAGCAGGAGCCACUGCAGCCCCGGGUGGGGGUGCUAGCGGAGCUGGCAGUAAGCCAACAGCUGACAGAGGCAUCGAGAGACGCGGCGGUCGUCCACCGCCAGGGGAGAUGGCCACGGGCUCGCAGCAGCCACAGCAGCAGCAGUCCACGGCUACUCCGGCGGCGUCCCAGCAGAAAUACAAACAGAACGCUAAUGCAGCGGCGGCGGCAAACACAAAUCAAAUUCCCGACACUAGGUAGUGCCUCUGAUGAUGAUCACCACGAAUUGCAUCAACAACAACAGAAACAACAACCACACCCAAUGUAGCUGCAGCAGCCACAACCAAUCUAUCACCACCACAAACACCGCAACAGCAGAGGAGUCAGCAACAUAAGCAGAAUUAGAUGCUGAAGCCGAAACAACAGCAGAUGGAACUACAACAAACACAGCCGUUAAAGUAACAAUCGGAGUGGGGGAUAACUGCUGCUCUUGAGGAAUCCGAUUCGUCUUAAGCAGUUGCUGACGCGACCGCCGCAGCAAUUUCGUCAAAAGGAAAACUAUAUUAUGUAUCGUUUAUUAAAUAUAUUAAAAUUUAUAUAAUUAUAAAAAGAUGAGAAGAUGUGCAGCAAGAAAAAUUAUUGUAAUCAUUGAAUUAAUUAUAAUUUAAAGAAACCACAACA